CCCGCUAAGAAGCUCAGCGACGGGCAGGGCAGGAGCUGCCUUCUCUCGGUGCCGGAGGCAGCGCGGCUCCGCGCCGGGCACCAGCGCCCCUUCCCCGGCUGCGGCCCCGGCCAUGCCCCGCUAAGGUCCAUUCCUGGUGAUUGCUGAUGUGUUUAUACAGGAACCAUGGUCAUUCUACGACAGGGGGAUUAUGUGUGGAUGGACCUCAAAACUGGACGGGAAUUCGAUGUCCCCAUUGGAGCAGUGGUUAAACUGUGUGACUCUGGACAGAUCCAGGUUGUGGAUGAUGAAGGCAAUGAGCACUGGAUUUCCCCGCAGAAUGCCAGCCACAUCAAACCCAUGCACCCCACCUCCAUCCAUGGAGUGGAGGACAUGAUCCGCCUGGGGGACCUGAACGAGGCGGGAAUCCUCAGGAACCUGCUGAUCCGCUAUCGGGAGCACCUCAUCUAUACAAACUGCGGUGGGAGGACAUACACUGGUUCAAUACUGGUGGCAGUAAACCCCUACCAGCUCCUACCCAUCUACUCACCUGAGCAGAUACGCCUGUACACCAACAAAAAGAUUGGUGAGAUGCCACCACACAUCUUCGCAAUUGCUGACAACUGCUACUUCAACAUGCAGCGCAACAACAAGGACCAGUGUUGUAUUAUAAGCGGUGAAUCCGGAGCAGGGAAGACAGAAAGCACAAAACUGAUUCUGCAGUUCCUGGCAGCGAUCAGCGGUCAGCACUCCUGGAUUGAGCAACAGGUCCUGGAGGCAAAUCCCAUUUUGGAAGCUUUCGGGAACGCAAAGACCAUCCGUAAUGACAACUCCAGCCGAUUUGGGAAGUACAUCGACAUCCACUUCAACAAAAGGGGAGCCAUCGAGGGGGCAAAGAUUGAGCAGUACCUGCUGGAGAAGUCCCGGGUCUGCAGGCAGGCCCAGGACGAGAGGAAUUACCACGUGUUUUACUGCAUGCUGAGAGGAAUGACAAUGGAGCAGAAGAAGAAGCUGGGUCUUGGGAAAGCCACGGACUACAACUACCUUGCGAUGGGUAACUGCACAACCUGCGACGGCAGAGACGACAGCAAGGAGUACGCCAAUAUCCGCUCUGCAAUGAAGGUCCUAAUGUUCACCGACACAGAGAACUGGGAGAUCUCCAAGCUGCUGGCUGCCAUCCUGCAUAUGGGGAACCUGCAGUACGAAGCUCGGACCUAUGACAACCUGGAUGCCUGCGAGGUUGUUCAGUCAGCGUCGCUAAUCACUGCAGCAUCGUUGCUGGAGGUUGACCCUCAGGAUGUGAUGAACUGCCUUACCAGCCGGACUAUAAUCACCAGGGGUGAGACUGUCUCAACCCCUCUCAGCAUGGAACAAGCGCUGGAUGUGAGGGAUGCUUUUGUAAAGGGAAUUUAUGGGCGGCUUUUUGUGUGGAUCGUGGAGAAGAUCAAUGCUGCAAUUUACAGACCUCCUUCCCAGGAACUCAAAAGUAUCAGGAGAUCCAUCGGCCUCCUUGACAUCUUUGGCUUUGAGAACUUCACUGUGAACAGUUUUGAGCAGCUUUGCAUUAACUUUGCAAAUGAAAACCUGCAGCAGUUCUUUGUGCGCCACGUCUUCAAGCUAGAGCAGGAGGAGUACAACCUGGAGAACAUCAAUUGGCAGCACAUCGAGUUCACUGACAACCAAGAUGCCUUGGACAUGAUUGCCAUCAAGCCCAUGAACAUCAUCUCCCUCAUUGACGAGGAGAGCAAGUUCCCCAAGGGUACAGAUGCCACCAUGUUACACAAGCUGAACUCCCAGCACAAGCUUAACACCAACUAUAUUCCUCCGAAGAAUAACUAUGAAACCCAGUUUGGCAUUAACCACUUUGCUGGAAUUGUUUACUACGAAACAAAAGGUUUCUUGGAGAAAAACAGGGACACGCUGCACGGAGAUAUCAUUCAGCUGGUGCAUUCCUCAAAAAACAAAUUCAUCAAGCAGAUCUUCCAAGCAGAUGUGGCAAUGUUUCUCUGUGGCUAUGCAUCCAGCACAUUUGGCCAGUCGCCCACACCCACACCAAAGGGAGCGGAGACGAGGAAGCGCUCGCCGACGCUCAGCAGCCAGUUCAAGCGGUCCCUGGAGCUGUUGAUGAGGACUCUCAGCGUGUGCCAGCCUUUUUUUGUCCGCUGCAUCAAGCCCAAUGAGUACAAGAAGCCCAUGCUCUUUGACCGGGAGCUGUGCGUCCGUCAGCUGAGGUACUCAGGGAUGAUGGAGACCAUCCGGAUACGCCGAGCCGGCUACCCCAUCCGCUACACGUUUGUGGAGUUCGUGGACCGGUACCGGGUACUCAUGCCCGGGGUGAAGCCAGCAUACAAGCAGGGCGACCUGCGUGGGACAUGCCAGCGCAUCGCUGAAGCAGUGCUUGGGAAGGAUGAUGACUGGCAGAUCGGCAAGACAAAGAUAUUCCUGAAGGACCACCACGACAUGCUGCUGGAGAUUGAGAGAGACAAGGCCAUCACGGACAAAGUCAUCCUCAUCCAGAAGGUGGUCCGCGGGUUUAAAGACAGGUCCAAUUUCCUGAAAGUGAGAAAUUCAGUCCUGAUGAUUCAGAGAUACUGGCGUGGACAUAACUGCAGGAAGAACUAUGGUGCAAUGCGGAUCGGCUUCCUGAGACUGCAGGCCCUCUACCGAUCCCGCAAGCUCCACAAGCAGUACCACAUGGCUCGCCGGCGGAUCAUCGAGUUUCAGGCACGGUGCCGGGGCUACCUGGUCCGUAGGGCUUUCCGCCACCGCCUCUGGGCUGUCCUCACCGUCCAGGCAUAUGCCCGGGGCAUGAUCGCCCGAAGGCUGUAUAAGCGUCUCCGGGGGGAGUAUCAUCGACGCCUGGAAGCAGAGAAACUUCGGCUGGCGGAAGAGGAACGACUCCGAAAGGAGAUGAGUGCCAAGAAAGCCAAAGAGGAAGCAGAAAAGAAGCACCAAGUACGCCUGGCCCAGCUGGCGCGGGAAGAUGCAGAGAGAGAAGUAAAGGAGAAAGAGGAAGCACGUCGGAAGAAAGAGCUCUUAGAAAAAAUGGAGAAAGCUCGCAACGAGCCAGUGAACGACUCGGAAAUGGUGGACAAAAUGUUUGGAUUCCUGGGGACGACCUCCUCCCUGCCUGGCCAGGAAGGACAGGCACCCAACGGCUUCGAGGAUCUUGAGCGAGCACAGAAGGAGCUGGAGGAAGAGGACCUGGAUGCAGCAUUGCCUCUCCCUGAGGAAGAGGAGGAAGAUCUCUCAGAGUACAAAUUUGCCAAGUUCGCUGCCACGUAUUUCCAGGGCACGACAACACACACCUACAUCCGCCGGCCUCUCAAGCAGCCUCUCUUGUACCAUGAGGAUGAAGGAGACCAGUUGGCAGCACUUGCUGUAUGGAUCACUAUCCUCCGUUUCAUGGGAGACCUCCCUGAGCCGAAAUAUCACACAGCCAUGAGUGACGGUGGCGAGAAGAUACCAGUGAUGACAAAAAUCUAUGAGACUCUUGGGAAAAAGACGUAUAAGAAAGAGCUGCAGGCUCUGCAGGGAGAAGGAGAGAGUACUCACAUUGAUGGGCACAAGAAGAACAGUGUGCGGCACAAACUGGUCUCCUUAACACUCAAGAAGAAAUCCAAACUGACCGAGGAGGUGAGAGGAGACGCUUGGCCGCCUGGCAGCACAAGUGCCGUCGGAUUGUCUGCAGCCCUCUCUGACUCUCUUCUGCUUUUCCCUAGACAACAUAGAACCAGCCCUCCUCUGGGUUUGGCGCUACCUGUCUCUCUGCCUGAAAGAUUUAAGGAGUGUUUAAGGGGAAAGGUGACAAAGAGACUUCACGAUGGUGAGUCCACGCUCCAGGGUAAUAGCAUGCUCGAAGACCGACCCACCUCCAACCUGGAGAAGCUCCAUUUCAUUAUUGGUAAUGGCAUCCUCAGGCCAGCCUUAAGGGAUGAAAUCUAUUGUCAAAUAUGCAAGCAGCUGACCCAGAACCCAUCCAAAAGCAGCCACGCCAGGGGCUGGAUCCUGAUGUCCCUCUGCGUGGGAUGUUUUGCUCCUUCUGAGAAGUUUGUGAAGUAUUUAAGGAACUUUAUCAAUGGAGGCCCCCCGGGUUACGCUCCCUAUUGCGAAGAGAGGCUGAGGCGGACGUUUGCCAAUGGGACAAGGACACAGCCGCCCAGCUGGCUGGAGCUGCAGGCAACCAAGUCCAAGAAACCGAUCAUGCUGCCUGUCACAUUUAUGGAUGGGACAACAAAAACGCUGUUGACCGACUCUGCAACAACCGCUAAAGAGCUCUGUAAUUCUUUGGCCGACAAAAUCAGCCUGAAGGACCGAUUUGGCUUUUCGCUUUACAUUGCACUUUUUGACAAGGUCUCCUCGCUGGGGAGCGGCAACGACCAUGUGAUGGAUGCUGUGUCUCAGUGCGAGCAGUACGCCAAAGAGCAGGGAGCGCAGGAGCGCAACGCGCCCUGGCGGCUCUUCUUCAGGAAGGAGAUCUUCACUCCUUGGCACAACCCAAGUGAGGACAACGUGGCCACCAAUCUCAUUUACCAACAGAUCGUGCGAGGGGUGAAGUUUGGGGAGUACCGGUGUGACAAGGAAGAAGAUCUGGCAGAACUGGCUUCCCAGCAGUACUAUGUGGACUACGGGUCAGAGAUGGUACUGGAAAGGCUGCUAAAUCUAAUUCCAUCCUACAUCCCAGACAGAGAGAUCACAGCUUCAAAAACAGUGGAAAAAUGGGCUCAGCUCAUUAUAGCUGCACAUAAAAAGGGAAUUUAUACUCAGAAGAGGGCAGACCCAAAAAAAGUCAAGGAAGAGGUAGUGGAUUUUGCACGUUUCAAGUGGCCUUUGCUGUUUUCUCGGUUUUACGAAGCCUUCAAAUUCUCAGGGCCAAGCCUGCCUAAAAAUGAUGUGAUUGUAGCUGUCAACUGGACAGGGGUGUACUUUGUGGAUGAACAGGAGCAGGUUCUCUUAGAGCUCUCUUUCCCAGAGAUCACAGCUGUGUCAAGCAGCAGAGGGGGAAAGUUGCAAGGGCAGAGUUUCACCUUGGCCACCAUUAAAGGCGAUGAAUACACUUUCACCUCCAACAACGCAGAGGAUAUCCGCGACCUGGUGGUGACCUUCCUUGAAGGACUAAGGAAGAGAUCUAAGUAUGUGGUCACUCUCCAAGACAACCCAAAUCCUGUGGGAGAAGAAUCUGGGUUCCUCAGCUUCCUCAAAGGAGACCUCAUAGUUCUGGACCAGGACACAGGAGAACAUGUGAUGAACUCAGGGUGGGCUAAUGGGUUCAAUGAACGGACCAAGCAGAGAGGAGAUUUCCCAACCGAUUCCGUGUACGUCUUGCCUACAGUCACCAUGCCUCCACUGGAGAUCGUGGCACUGGUCACGAUGACCCCUGACCAACGACAAGAUGUUAUCAGAACCUCUCAGCUGGCAAUUUCAGACAGUGAAGAGAGAGUAAAGCCAUACACCUUGGAGGAAUUUUCCUAUGAUUAUUUUAGGCCACCCCCCAAGCAUACCCUCAGCCGGGUCAUGAUCACCAAGAGCCGUGGGAAGGACAAGCUGUGGUGUUACACCCGUGAGCCCAUCAAACAGCCGUUGUUGAAGAAGAUCCUGGGCAGCGAGGAGCUGUCCCAAGAAGCCUGCAUGGCCUUCAUUGCAGUGCUGAAGUAUAUGGGUGACUAUCCAUCGAAAAGGACCCGCUCAGUUAAUGAGCUGACAGACCAAAUAUUUGAAGGUGCCUUGAAAGCCGAACCCCUGAAGGAUGAAAUCUACUGUCAGACCCUCAAGCAGCUCACGGACAACCACAUCAAGUACAGUGAAGAGAAAGGCUGGGAGCUGUUGUGGUUGUGUACAGGCCUUUUCCCUCCAAGUAACAUCCUCCUGCCCCAUGUCCAGAGGUUCCUGCAGUCCAGGAAACAUCACCCCUUGGCAGCAGACUGCAUCCAGAGACUCCAGAAAGCCCUGAGGAAUGGAUCCAGGAAGUACCCGCCCCAUCUGGUGGAAGUGGAAGCCAUUCAACACAAAACCACCCAAAUUUUCCACAAGGUUUACUUCCCUGAUGACACCGAUGAGGCAUUUGAGGUGGAGUCCAGCACAAAAGCCAAGGACUUCUGCCAGAACAUCUCCAACAGGCUGCUCCUAAAGUCCUCUGAGGGCUUCAGCCUCUUCGUCAAAAUCUCCGACAAGGUCAUCAGCGUCCCCGAGGGAGAUUUCUUCUUUGACUUUGUGAGACACCUGACGGACUGGAUAAAGAAAGCAAGACCAGCAAAAGAUGGUAUAGUGCCUUCCCUCACCUACCAAGUGUUCUUCAUGAAAAAGCUGUGGACCAACACAACACCUGGAAAGGACUCGAUGGCAGACUCAAUCUUCCACUAUUACCAGGAGUUACCAAAGUACCUGCGCGGCUACCACAAGUGCACACGGGAAGAGGUCCUGCAGCUGGCAGCUCUCAUCUACCGGGUGAAGUUUGAGGAUGACAAGUCCUAUUUCCCCAGCAUCCCCAAGCUCCUGAAGGAGCUGGUGCCUCAGGACCUCGUCCGGCAGCUCUCUCCAGACGACUGGAAAAGGUCCAUCGUGGCAUACUACAAUAAGCACGCAGGCAAAACAAGAGAAGAAGCCAAGCUUGCCUUCCUAAAGAUUAUCUUCAAGUGGCCUACAUUUGGAUCAGCAUUUUUUGAAGUGAAGCAAACUACAGAGCCAAAUUAUCCAGAAAUCCUUCUAAUUGCCAUCAAUAAGCAUGGAGUCAGCCUCAUCGAUCCCAAAACCAAGGAUAUUCUCAUCACUCACCCCUUCACCAAGAUCUCCAACUGGAGCAGUGGCAACACGUACUUUCAUAUAACCAUUGGCAACCUGGUGAGAGGAAGCAAGCUGCUCUGCGAGACCUCCCUGGGGUACAAGAUGGAUGAUCUUUUAACCUCGUACAUCAGCCAGAUGCUAACAGCCAUGAGCAAACAGAGGAGUGCAAAGGGUAGCAAGUGAACUGCAAGAAGCCACUGGCAGGUGGCCAUGAGGCUAAUUCACCAGCUGAGGCCUGUGGGAUACCCGUGCAGCUGGGGGAGAACCUUUGCCUCCCAGAUGUGGAAGAUGAGCCGAACACCAUCAGGGAGUUCGCUGGACUCUGACCUUGAGGGCUCAAAUCCCACCUCCCCUUCCAGCGAAGACGACUAUCUCUGACCUCCCGUUCUCCUUCCCCACCCUGCACCCCGACUCCAUCUUACACCUCAAAGAUUUCCAGGGGACACCGCUGCUCUCAGACAGUGACUGAGCAAAGACACUGCAGCAGGAGGUUUGCCUGAACCCAAUGGUUGGCAUCGCAAAGGCUCUUGGAAGAGGAUUUCUGUGUGUGUGUGUGUGUGUGUGCGCGUGGCUUGUUUUGUUUUGUUUUGUUUUUUUCUUAAGUAAGAGAGAGCUAUCGGGAUGCUAACGGCUUUUUGGUGAGGUUAUGGGCAUUUCAGGUUUGAAGAGGAAUAACAGAGCCCUGACCCACGCUGGAAAGAUGUCCAGUGAACACUGCAGGGCUUGUUUUUUAAUGUUACAAAAGAAUACGUUGCGUUCUUAAGAAGGACAGAAAGAAAAAGCAGGCUGGGAGGAGCACAUUUUAACUAGGAAUCAAAAUAAACAAACUACUGAUCCAACAGGCUAGAGUACUAAAGUGCUGUAUGUGCAAUGCUGGAAAUAUUUAAAGAACAAAUUUUAAAGUUUUGUUUCUUCUUCUAUUUAUUUUUUAAAAUAUUAAAAAGGAAAAAAAAAUCCUGCAUUUUGUGCCAGUAUCUGGACGCUGACUCGGGGCUGAGGGUGACCUGCAGGACAAUCCCUCGCCCAGGGAUUCUCCCAGAGCUGUGAUUGCCAGAGGCUGAGUAAGGCACAUCUUUCCCAACUUAUGCGUUCAGCUGGAAGUGAAGCUUGGAAGACAAAUUAUCUCCUUUUGCCCCCUGUGCCCAGACAAAUGAACCCUGGGAGUAUCUUUACUACAAGCUUCAACAUGGAUGUAGGGGUUUUGAAGUCCCCCAUGCUUGGAAGACUGAGGCCAAGCCUGCGUUGAGCUGUAAUUCAAACAUGGACUUGGCCAUCAGGGUUGGAAACAGCUAAUUAUUUUAUUGUGCUUUUGUGUGUGUUGCUGUAUAAAAAUGGCUCUUUAUGAGUCCCAGCUAGACCUGAACCACUCACAGCAAGGGCAGGCCCUUGACUUCAGUGGGCUUUUCUCCAUCUUUGGUUGGCUGUACUAAUCUGCUGGCUGGUUUUCCUCUCCGCUCUUCCACCUGAUGCCACGCAGUGCGGACCAGCCUGCUCUGGAGCAGAGUUGGGACCUGCCAGCAGAGGAGGCUGAAGCCAUGUUGUGUCUGGGGGGAUGCAGGGGAAGGAGCCUGGGGUGCCUUUCCAAAAUCCGGGCUUCAAAGGAGCACAUGCCUGGGUGUGGGGCAUCAGGAGGGGUGACGAUUAUCCACCAAGAUCUGGUGCUGGUGUCACUAACGCUGAGUGGAUCUCAGUAGGUGUGGGAGACUUCUCUUGGUCCUGUGCAUUGGGCUGAGUUUGGCUGCUUUCAUAAAAGUCCAUAUUGUAGGGUGUCAUGUAUUGUUCUCUUAAGCUCAGCUGGACUCAGACCUCCAACACCAUGGCGUGCCAGGCAGAGUCGGCAGCACUGCCUACCGGACCUCAAGGACCAUGACAUCCAGCUGGGAUGCAGCAGUGACUUUGGAACUCGGUUGCUGCACAAAAGUGAAUGAGAUGCUGCACGGAGACUUCCACCAGCCAGACAGGGCUGCUAGGAGAUCCCCUUCCUCCACCAUCCCCCUACCCAAGGCAUUCUGGUGAUGGGAGGACGGUUACACCAGCCAAGGCUACACUGGGAGCCAAGCUGCCUUCUCACCAUCCAUCUCUGAUGCUUCUCGCCCUUUCCCAGCUGCCAUGAUCCAGCUGUCCCAGGGAUCCCACCUGUCCUCAGACACGUGCUCAUCAUCCCCAUCACCACCACUGCUUUUCGUGAGUCUCCAGCCAUCAUUGCCUCCCACAGCACACGCAGUAGAUGAUGCAGCACGGCAAUAUUUUCCAGCGCUGUCCUGGGCCAGCUUUCCCCUGCCAUCACCCUCAUCCCUCCAGUUACAGCUCUGUUGGCCUCCCACGCACCCCAUCAUUUUGGGGGGUGCCGGGACUCUGUGUGCGUGUGCCUGUGUGUCAUAUGUAUUAGCGUCUGCUGGCCUCUUUGUAUUCACACCAAGCGAUGUACCAUGAAAAACAUAUGUCCAAGCGAAAUAUUCUAAUUAAAAAGCAUCAAGUGGCUUGUGG